AUGCUAGCCGAAAAAACUCGUUCCAUAAUCAAAGCUACCGUUCCUGUCUUAGAACAGCAAGGUGCUACGAUCACGCGUACAUUUUAUAAAAACAUGCUCACUGAGCAUACUGAGUUACUUAAUAUUUUUAAUAGAACUAACCAAAAAAUUGGUGCCCAGCCUAAUGCCUUGGCUGUUACAGUUUUGGCUGCGGCUAAGAACAUUGAUGAUUUGUCCGUGCUUAUAGAACAUGUUAAGCAAAUUGGCCACAAGCACCGUGCUUUGCAAGUUAAACCUGAGCAUUACCCAAUUGUUGGAAAAUACUUACUAAGAGCCAUUAAAGAAGUUUUAGGCGAUGCUGCAACCCCCGAUAUCAUUAAUGCCUGGGGAGAGGCCUACCAAACCAUUGCUGACAUCUUCAUCACUGUUGAAAAACAAAUGUACGAAGAAGCUUCAUGGCCAGGUUGGAAACCAUUUGAAAUUACUGCCAAAGAGUACGUUGCUUCCGAUAUUGUGGAAUUUACCGUUAAACCAAGGCCUGGUUCUGGUAUUGAUUUGGAAAGUUUGCCGAUCACUCCAGGUCAAUAUAUCACAGUAAAUACUCACCCAAUUAGGCAGGGAAACCAGUACGAUGCCUUAAGACAUUACUCUAUUUGUUCUGCGUCUACCAAUGAUGGGUUACGAUUUGCAGUAAAGAUGGAGGCUGCUGGAAGUGACUUUCCUGCAGGUUUGGUCUCGGAAUAUUUACACAAGGAUGCCAAAGUUGGUGAUGAGAUUAAACUAAGUGCACCGGCCGGUGAUUUUGCAAUGAACAAGCGCUUGAUAAACCAGGAUGAAAUUCCGUUGGUAUUGUUAUCUUCUGGUGUCGGCGUCACACCGAUUCUAGCUAUGCUAGAAGAACAAGUCAAAUGCAACCCGAAUAGGCCAAUCUAUUGGAUACAAUCUUCGUACAAUGAAGAGACACAAGCGUUCAAAAGACGAGUUGAUGAACUGUUGGAUAAAUGCUCAAAUGUCGAAAAAACCAUUGUUCAUACUGAUACUGAACCAUUGAUUGAUGCCAAAUUCUUGAAAGAAAACUCACCUGCACAUGCCGAUGUUUAUACCUGUGGCUCCUUGGCAUUUAUGCAAGCUAUGAUUACUCAUCUGAAAGAACUGGAGCAUCGUGACGAUAUGAUCCAUUACGAACCGUUUGGUCCAAAAAUGUCAACUGUACAAGUUUAA